AUGUCUGAAUCACCUACCCAUGAUCCUCUUGGUCGCUCAAGAACUGAAAUUGAUGUCGAAGUGACUAUGGCCAUUCUCGUCUGCCUCUCAGCCGUAGCCGGUAACUUGCUCGUUGUUUAUGCUAUUAACAGAGAUUCCAGGCUUCACAACGUCACCAACAUAUUCAUUUCAAAUCUUGCAUUGACUGACAUUGCCGCGGCUACGAUAGACAUGCCAUUCUGGAUUGCGAGCCUUUAUGCGGGGACCCGGAAUUUCAGCCAAGUGUGGUGUCAGAUAGCCGGAUUAGCGUUUUCCAUUUUGGCUGUGGCUUCCAUAUUCACCAUCGGAUUGAUAACCUUCAAUCGGUACCUAAAAGUCGUAAAACCCAUCCUGUACAAAAAAGUAUUCCCCAGUAAAAAAGCAGCUUGGCUGUAUUGUGUUUUAGUUUGGCUGGUUGCCAUUUUUCGUGGCGUGCCCAUACUUAGUGGGGGGAUAGGGGUAUCAUAUAAGACAAAACUUGGCGUUUGUACUUCGGAGAGCGGCAUACUCUCACAGUUUGUUACUGGAGUGUUUAUUUACGGAGUCUUGAUCAUAAUAUUUUACUGUCACUUUAAAAUCUACAAAGCUGUGAGAGAAAGCACGAACAAUUUAAACGCUCAUGGGGAAAGAAACGGCUCUUCAAAUGAUUCUCGACGUUCCGCUGACGUAAGAGUCUUAAAGACAUGCUUCACUGUGGCCUGUUUCUAUGUGAUUACAUGGUUUCCAAUCUCCAUUAUCGUCGUCAUUUGGCCUUUUGGGUAUGAUAUUCCUCAAGUGGUUUGUACAGGAAGCAUUUUCCUGAUGUUCUCAAGCAGCCUUGUAAAUCCAUUUAUCUAUGGGGUUAUGAAUCCACAGUUCAAACUGGCUUUCAAGAGGGCACUUAGUUGUGGUCGCUAUGGUAACGGAAACACUGAUUUGAAUCACUUAAGGAAUAGAGUAAGACGCGAGGUUGCAAGAGGAUUAGAGUCUGCAGCAUAA